UCCUAACAAGAAAAAGAAAAACCCUAACCCUAACAGCAGUAUCAUAUAGGGAUAGUAUAAAAUAGAGUUCGCAUCCAAUCACCAAAACCCUCCAGUUGCCGCACACUCCUGAACAACGAGAAACGAUGGUGUCGUUGAAACUACAGAAGCGGCUCGCCGCUAGUGUCCUCAAGUGUGGAAAAGGCAAGGUCUGGCUCGACCCUAAUGAAGGCAAUGAAAUCUCUAUGGCCAACUCGAGGCAGAACAUUAGGAAGCUAGUGAAGGAUGGUUUCAUCAUCAGGAAACCAACAAAGAUUCACUCUCGUUCUCGUGCUCGCAGGAUGAAGGAGGCAAAGAGAAAGGGUCGCCACUCUGGAUACGGUAAGCGUAAGGGUACCAGGGAGGCUAGGCUGCCAACUAAAAUUCUCUGGAUGAGGAGAAUGCGUGUUCUAAGGCGCCUGCUGCGCAAAUAUCGUGAAUCAAAAAAGAUCGACAAGCACAUGUAUCAUGACAUGUACAUGAAGGUCAAGGGUAAUGUUUUCAAGAACAAACGUGUCCUGAUGGAAAGUAUCCAUAAAUCAAAGGCUGAAAAGGCAAGAGAGAAGACCUUGUCUGACCAAUUCGAGGCUAAGCGUGCUAAGAACAAGGCAAGCAGGGAGAGAAAGAUUGCCAGAAGAGAGGAGCGCUUGGCACAGGGACCUGGGGAGAAGGCACCACAAGCACCUGCCCCUCAGCAUACUGAGGGAGCAAAGAAAUCCCAGAAGUGAUUAUAGACUCUAAUGAAUGCCGAAGGUUCAUACCUGAGUUAUACUGAUGUCUGGUUUUCUUAGUAGGCUUUUGUUUUGAAAAGCUACUAUUUUGUUCAUGUUAUGGGAAUGUUCUAUUUCUUCAGGGUAUAGAAUUUUGGAAUUCCUUGAGAUGUAGUUUCUUUUCUAAUAUGUGGAUCAUGUUUUUGUUCAAUAUUACGUAGUCAACUAAACUUGGUUCAGCUUAUAGUUGGACGUGAUUAAUGGGUUAUUUUAAUUUCUUUUAUCUUAA